GGCCGGCGAGAGCGCGCGUGUGAUGCGCUGCCGAUGAUGGCCGGCGCUCGGGCGCUCGUGGCCGCCUGCUGCUGCUGGUGGUGGCUGACCAUCGCAGCCGCCACCGAGCUGGACCUGCUGGGUGCGUUGUCGCUGCAGAAUACGACCCGCGCCGGCGUCUCGCCCGCGCCAGGAAUGCAACCCGCGCGCACCGCUUACACCCUGCAAGGGGAGUCCCGGUCGCUGCAAGUGGAGGGCGGGGCCUUCGAGCGCGCGGCCGAGCUGCUGCGGCGCUCGCCAGAAUUCUCUGUGUUGGCCGCGCUGCGCCAGGACCCCGCCAACUCCGGGACGAUACUCUCCUUCUCACACGGAUACAACAGAUACUUGGAGGUGCAGUCGAGCGGUCGUCGCGACGAGGUCCGACUGCACUAUGUGGCGGCGGGCAGCGGCGGCGGCGCGAGAGUGGAGACAUUCCCGUUCAGGCUAGCUGAUGGCGCGUGGCACAGGCUAGCGCUAGCCGUGUCCGGUGCGCAGGCGACGCUCCUAGUUGACUGUCACCCGCUGUAUCGCCGGCUCAUCCCGCCACCUGAUCGCAACUUCACGCAGCCACAGCUGACGCUAUGGGUCGGACAACGGAACAGCAAACAUUCUUUGUUCAAGGGCACGUUGCAAGACGUGCGGCUGGUGAGCGGACCACACGGCUACCUGUCCCAAUGCCCAGGGCUGGACUCGGAGUGUCCCACCUGUGGGCAGUUCGCGCUACUCCAGGCCACUGUCCAGGAGCUCACCACGCACAUCCAUGACUUAUCGCUCAAGUUGGUUGGCACAGAAGCGCGGCUGGCGCGGCUGGAGCAGUGCGACUGUCAGAAGUCGUGCUACUCUAACGGCACGGUGCACGCCGACGGCGCCACCUGGCAACGAGACUGCAAUCGCUGCUCCUGCGUGCACGGUGAAAUCACGUGCAGGCCAGUCGAGUGCGAUAGAGCAGAAUGCAAGAACCCAGUGCUACAUCCGGGAGAAUGCUGCCCUACAUGCUUACGGCAAUGUCUUCUAAAAGGCACUCUAUACGAGCACGGCGAUCGGUUUGCGCCGAAGGAGUGUGCAGAGUGCGUGUGCCAUGACGGGAACAUGCAGUGUACUCGUGUCGACCCCGACACCGCCUGCCCGCCGCUGCCGUGCGACGAGCCCGACCAGUUCACCGUGCCGGGGGAGUGCUGCAAGUUCUGUCCCGGUGUGGACUACUGCAGCAUGGGCCACUCGUGUGACGAGAACGCGACCUGUAUGAACCUUAACACCAAGUACACCUGCAAGUGUAACCAGGGCUUCCACGGAGAUGGCAUCUCAUGUCAAGACGUAGACGAGUGUCAGCAAGCCGGCGGGCUGUACGGGCACCACUGCCACUCCAACACGCGGUGCGUCAACGUCGUCGGUGGGUACGUGUGCCAGUGCCUGCCCGGGUACGCGCGCCGGGACAAAUUCAACUGUGUUGAGGUGGACGAGUGCGCGAGUGACUCGCAUGGGUGUCACGCGUUCGCGGAGUGCAGCAACACGCCCGGCUCGUACACCUGCCGCUGUCGGGACGGAUACACCGGCGACGGGUAUACCUGCACACCGAUCUGCACGGGCGGCUGCCUGAACGGCGGCGUGUGCGCGGCCCCCGAGCAGUGCGCGUGCGCGGCGGGCUUCGCGGGCGCGCGCUGCGAGCGCGACGUGGACGAGUGCUCGGCCGCGCGCCCCGCGCCCGCCGCCUGCCGCCCGCGGGCCUCCUGCGUCAACACGCCCGGCUCCUUCUACUGCGUCUGCAAGGAGGGGUACACCAGAGACCCGCAUCAAGAUCACUGCCAAGACAUAGACGAGUGCGCGGAGGGGUUCCACACGUGCCACCCGAGCGCACGCUGCGUCAACAUCGACGGCGGCUUCCGCUGCGAGUGCGACGCGCAGCCCUGCGAGCUUAGUUGUUCGUGGCGCGGCCAGAUAGUCUCUGAUGGCGCGCGCUGGGCCGAGGACGGAGGCUGCCGCGUGUGUUCAUGCGCCGCUGGAGUGGCCAGCUGCCGCCGCGCCGCCUGCGUCUGUGAUAUUACCGACAAUUCUACCGCGCUCCCCGUGAGCGUGGAUGCGUCCCUGUCGCUGGCGCCGAGCUCAUGCUGCCCCCAUUGCGACGCGCGAUACCACUGCCGCCACCAGGAGAUGCAUCACGUCACCUUCCGUUCCGGCGAGCGCUGGCUCUACCAGUGCCAGAUCUGCGAGUGCCUCCUGGGUGAGGUGGACUGCUGGGAGCCAGAGUGCGAGGAAGCUGCGGGCGGGUGCUGCAUGGGCACGGGCGCGGAGGCGGGAGCGGGGGCGGCAGGCGGCACCGCGCGGCUGCAGCUGCCCGGCUGCGCGCCGCCGCACUGUCGCGCCUGCCAGGGCGGGCAGUGUGCUACUUUGGUGAGCAAUCUCGCGUGUUGUGUGCAUCGAGCGCGGUCGCCGCUGCCGGCGCUGGCGCUGCUGCUGCUGUGGGCGUGGCGCCGCGCGCGGCCGCAGCAGCACCGCAAGCACCGCGGCGCGCGGCGCUAGAGCCGCCCUGAGCGCGCGCGCGAGCCGCCUAUUUAUUCUAGAUAGAUCUAAUGUUAACCAAUUGCGGCGGGCGCGGACCGCCUCGACGCCUUAACUUAGCGAGACGCGCGCCCGCCCGCGGCGCCCGACCCGCAUGUGAUACUGUAUAUACGGCAGCGGGCCGCCAUCCUGUCGAUUAUAUCAAAGUAUUUUAUCUUCGUUAUAGCAAUAUUAUAGUGUUAUCGAGUAGCUAGGAUCAUAGAACGGUGUGCCGCAAUCUCGAUCGAGUGAUGCCUUCUAUUAUAAUAAAUGGGUGCAUGUAGCGAGUGUGCGCAGAUCCGGCGCCCGAAACGCAGCGGGGGCGCUUGCGUGAUUUGUUACGAUGUGAUUCGUAAUGAAACAUCACUAAUAUAAGCGUCCGACAAACGAGUAAGCAAUAAAUCUGUAAGUUUGUAGAGUCAUUUAGAUUAGAGGUGUUGCAUUACAUAUUGGAUUAGACCGCACAAGACUAGCCACUGCGAAUUUGAGCGCGAGGCCCUCGGCGCAGAGUGUAUGAGUGCGGGUGGGAGGCGAGUGAGUGUGCGGGUGUAUGCGGGUCGAGUAGGAGCGUGCGGAGUGUGUAGGAGCGUGUAGGAGUGUGCGGGAGUGUGUAGGAGUGUGCGGGAGUGUGUACGAGUGUGCGGGAGUGUGUAGGAGUGUGCGAGUGCAGGUGUGUGGGAGUGCGGGCGUCGCUCGCGUCACCUUCACACCCACAACUAUAAUCUUCGAAUUCUAAAAUUAAGCAAUACGUCGAUCGCUUCAAAUUAUUAAUACUAGACUUAUUAACGGUACUAUUUAGCUAUUGUUGUGAAUAUGAUGUAUAGUGGAGCGGCGCUACGGCGCGGAGGGGCGGGGUGUGGGCGGCGGCCGGGCGGGGGGGCUAGUGCGGGGAACGAGUGUCCCGGGACACGGAACCGUGACCCCGUGACCCCGAGACACGCGUGCUUGAAGUGGACCUCGGGCCUGACCUAGGUCAUGGCGGCUCCACGCGGACCCCGCUAAAGUUACGCUAGUAGCGCCGGCCGCUGCCCACGCUCGCGCUUGUUGUACGAAAUUUUUCAUAAUAUAUUAUAGUUUUUUUGUUUGUCUAUAUAGAAAAUGUUUUCAUGUAUAAUUUCAAAGUAACCAAAAAUAGGUACCAAAUAUAGAAAGAUGAUAAUUAUGAUUGUUUCUUAAUUUUCAUAAAGCAUUUUGAUGCUUGCAUGUUGUAUUGUGUUCAAAAAAUUACAAUUAAAAAGAUUAUCCUUGA